AUGGAGCCCAGCCGGGUGCCCCAGGAAGCGGAGGCCCAGCUGGACUCAGGAGGGGAGGCCCGGGAGUGCGGCACCUCGCUCCUCAUGGUCGCCUCCUACGCCGGCCACAUCGACUGCGUGCGGGAGCUCGUGCUCCAGGGCGCGGACAUCAACCUCCAGAGAGAGUCAGGCACCACCGCCCUGUUCUUCGCUGCCCAGCAAGGCCAUAACGACGUCGUGCGAUUUCUCUUUGAAUUUGGAGCCUCCACUGAAUUUAGGACCAAAGACGGGGGCACUGCCCUGCUCGCUGCCAGCCAGUACGGGCACAGGCAGGUGGUGGACACCCUCCUCAAGCACGGCGCCAACGUCCACGACCAGCUCUACGAUGGAGCCACGGCCCUCUUCCUGGCUGCCCAGGGCGGCUACUUGGAUGUCACUCGGCUGCUGCUGUCGUCGGGAGCGAGAGUCAACCAGCCGAGGCAGAACAGAGGCGCCGUGUCCUCGUACCCAGCACCCUCGGGUCCUCUGGGCUCCGACGUGCCCUCAUCCUCCGCCCGCUCCAAUGCCGUUGUCCCCGUCCCUUUGCCGGACAGCAGUGGGCGGCAGUCCUGUGCCUGCUACAGCAUGUGGCUGCCGUGUGGACGCUGGACGCUGUGUGGUCCUCUGCCGUGUGGACGCUGUGUGGGGGAUCGCAUCGCAAAAGAUGGGCACAGCGAGGUGGUGAGGGUGAUGCUGCUGCGGGGAGCCGACCGCGACGCCGCCCGAGACGAUGGCACCACGGCGUUGCUGAAGGCCGCCAACAAGGGCUACCACGACGUCAUCGAGGAGCUGCUGAAAUUCUCGCCCACCCUUGGCAUUUUGAAGAACGGGACGUCGGCGCUCCACGCGGCCGUGCUCAGCGGGAACAUUAAGACCGUCGCGCUGCUCCUGGAGGCGGGGGCAGACCCAGCCCUGAGAAACAAGGCCAACAAACUUCCAGCAGAACUAACCAAAAAUGAGCGAAUAUUGAGUCUCCUGCGAGGCAAGGAAGGCCACAGGAAGAGCUACCUCAGCUGCAUAUUUGACUGAAAGGGAGAAACCGUCACCGCAUUGCCCACUAGAAACUGCUUUCAGAUGGUGUUGGAGAUGCUGUAAGGAGACAGUGCCCUGGUUGCCCACCCAGAAGAGCUGUGCCUGGUGCCUGAAGCACAGCGCAGGGACCUCCUCAUUCGCACGGCUGCUCACGCGGCCUGCAGCCCACUCCCCGGGGCCUGGCGGGAUCUUGGACUCACUUGGGUCUCUCGGUUAAACCCUAAUUGUUAAACCUUCCAAGAGCUUUAAGUCAGAAGACAGAGAGACUGUAAGCCUUUAAAAGCCGCAGGUCUGACCUCCGAUGAGCUAGUGAACUUUAGCUUUUGUGUUACGUGUACGUGUGCUAAAAUGUGUAGCUCCGUGACAUUUUACAUGUAUGCAUGUAUGUCAUCCCAGUGUAAGAUGUUUCUCCCACCCAAGGAUCAUAGCCGUGGUCUCAGAGACCUGACGUGUGAACUUGCGUCACUAAGAAAUCAAAGGGGGCUGUUGAACUCAGAGACAAAGUGUUCAUGUGUGAGUUGAACCUCCUCUUAGUCCUAACACGCAAAAGCCAUGUUUACCCGGAGUCCGUAUUGCAGGGAGGGUGGGAUGCAAGUGGCAAAUUUGGAAAUUCAGAAAAUUACAGACCGCAGGACUUGAGGAUUGUUUUUUGAGCUUUUAUUUAGGUUAUGUUAUCGGGGCCCUGAUUCCUGUGCCAUUAGCAUGCUCUGGAAGCUGGAGCUUCCAACAUCACUCUGCUUGGUACAGUGGCUUUGCGGUCCUUGGAUACAAUAUGAUAUGUGCAAGUACAAUACGUCGCUAGCACUAUUGCAGGACUGUAAGUAAUAAAAGAAUGUUGUUAGUGUGUAGUAAGUGUUCCUCUAUGCAUGUUCUUGAGCUAGUGGGAUCCAAGAAGGAAACCUGGGUUUUAUGGAACUAUUCCUCUGAGAAAGGUGUCAAAACUUAUAUUCGAUGCACUUUACAACCCGUGGUAUCUACAUGCCUCAUUCGGUGCCUACGCGCACAGACAUGAGCUGACCCUUCUCUCUGUAACCUGCCGUGAUGAACACGGGUAUUCUGUGACUUAGAAACACAUCUUUCCUUCUCUCGUUCCUGUUCUGCUCUGUGUCCGGCCCGUGUUCUGUGUAAACACAUGUUGACACGGAGGGAAAUGUGACCUCAGGAGGGUUUUUUAACCAACUUGCAGUGUCACUAAAAGCAUUUUCGUUAAGUCAGUAAACAACCGAGUAUAAUUUUGAAAAUGGAAGAUAUCCUUCUAAAGUUUGUUAUGAUCAAUAACAUAACCAACAGAUAUUAGCUUAUUUUGAUCAUUAUCACAAGCAAAGCCAGUACUGAGCAACCUACAGCCUGGCCAGCUCUGCAACACGCCUGCAGUCUCACGUCAGGAUAAACAGUUAGAAAGCUUCGCCUGGAUUGCUGAACCCCCGUAUAUUAAUAUUUUAGUAGCUGCAAAGCAGUGC